AUGGUUAUCGUGUUGCUUAGAGGGACAAUGAAGUACCGUGUGCAUGACCUUGUCUUAGAACAUAACCAUGAGUUGCACAUUGUUCAAUGUUCGCACAUGAUGCCAUCACAAAGAAAAAUAAGUGAGGCUCAAGGAUUCCAAGCUGAAAUAAGCGAGGAUGCUGGGCUUUCAUUGAAACAGAGUCAUGAGCUUAUGGGAAAGGAGGCAGGAAUGUUAAUUGACUACAACUUUUUUGGAGACGUAGUCACAUUCGACACAAGUUACAAAACAAAUAAAGAAUACCGGCCACUUGGAGUGUUUGUGAGUUUUAACCAACAUAGACAAAUUGUGAUAUUCGGUGCUGCCCUUAUGUAUGAUGAGACUAUAGAUUCUUUCAAAUGGGUAUUUGGUACAUUUCUAGAAUCAAUGUGCGGAAAGCGUCCAAGUACCAUACUAACCGAUCAAGAUCACGCCAUGGUAGCCGCUCUUUCAAUUGUCAUGCCUGAAACAUUUCACGGUCUAUGUACGUUUCACAUAAAGUAUAAUUUUAUGAAACAUCUUGGCAAUCACUACAAGAAAAAUAGUGAUCUUCUAUACAUGUUUGGUGCCUGCAUGUAUGAAUUUGAAGAAGUAGAACAAUUCAAUAGGGUGUGGGAGGCGAUGGUGAAGAAACACAAUCUUGAAAAUAAUGAAUGGUUCUCCGGGUUGUAUCGAAUUCGUGAUAAAUGGGCAAGGUGCUUAAUGAAAGAAAGAUAG